AUGCUUCAAAUCAAGCAGUCGCCGGACAAACCUCGUCCACCCCCCGUCGAGGACAACGCCCAAGAUUCCCCAUCCAAACUAAAUCUGUCUGCUCCACGCAACCCCCUCGGCCCAGUGGUGGUCUUCAUCGCCCGAGCAACAAACAAGGAUGACCACGAUUACAAGCGCUCAACCUGGAAUAACACCGAAAUGCACGCAUACCUACGCGGACUUCUGGUAAUUGCCGUCGCCGAGCACCGCAAGCGAUUCGGUCUUCUAGGCCUCCGUCCCCACAAGAUGCAGACAAUCAUCCAACCCGCCCACACCCGAAUCCCAUCUAUCAGCCGAGUCGGCAAGUUCCUGGGAAUGGCACUGGAGGAAGCUCGCGCAUCCAAGACCGAGUGCAUCUUCGUUCUGAACGGCUGGGAUGGCUGGACAACCGACAAGAUGACCAUCGUCGAACUCUGUGACCAGUUCCGCGACAUCCCUUUGACUUUCCACGUUUAUGCGAACCGAGGCACGCCUUGCGAGUUCUUCGAGGUCAACGCUCACAAGGUCAAUGCCUACCUCAAACACAUGGUUAGUGCGGAGGAUCCGUCUAUUGUUGGUGAUCGUGCGACGGGGCUUUUCAUUCGCAUGCUGGAGUCUUUGCCUACCUUGCACUAUGCCAGGUAUUACCCUCUUAUCUCGCAGCAGGAAAAGGAUGUUCUUGCCAAGUACGAUAAGCGAUUUGCUGGAAUUUACGAGUUGGACGAACCCCAGAUUCCAACACUUGAAGGUGCGGAGCCCGAGGAUCCAAAGCCUGGUGUUUAG